AGUUUUACUUCAAAAAAAAAGAAUGAACAAACUCUCCAACGCUUUCUCUCUCCUAGCUUUCGCCGAUGAAGAUGCUCCAAUGGCUUCUUCUUCUUCUUCCACUGGGAAACAAGAAGAAAGAGUAAAUGGGUCACUUGAGGAUGGAGAUUACAAGCAACCACUUGUUUGGAUUGACUUGGAAAUGACUGGUCUAAAUGUUGAAGUUGACAGGAUAUUGGAGAUUGCUUGUAUAAUUACUGAUGGAAAUUUAACCAACGCAGUGGAGGGUCCAGAUUUGGUUGUACAUCAAACGAAAGACUGUUUGGAUAAAAUGGGUGAAUGGUGUCAAACUCAUCAUGGAGAUAGUGGGUUGACGAAGAAAGUGCGCCUUAGUACGAUAAGUGAAAGGGAUGCUGAGCAAAAGGUCAUUGAAUUUGUAAAGAAGCAUGUUGGUUCUGAAAAUCCACUUCUAGCUGGAAACUCAGUCUAUGUUGAUUUCCUUUUCUUAAAGAAGUACAUGCCAGAAUUAGCUGCCCUUUUCCCUCAUAUUCUUGUCGAUGUCAGUAGCGUCAAGGCUCUAUGCUCCCGAUGGUUCCCCAUAGAGAAAAAGAGAGCUCCUGCAAAGAAAAACAACCACAGAGCCAUGGAUGAUAUAAGAGAAAGCAUAAAGGAACUUAAGUACUACAAGAAAACAAUAUUCAAAGCAAGGAGAUGAGUGGAGUUAGGUCCUUCAAUAUGCUUACUUAUUAGUUAGAAGGAUCCGUUUUAGUUUUCGGAAAUCGGCAUUGUUAUUCUCUUGGCGAUUGUAUUCUCAAAACCCAAAUUGAAUCGGUCUCUUGAUAAAACAAUACAAGAUGGCCUUCAGUUAUUUUAAGGACCUGUUAAAUAUUGUUUCUUGGUAAUGAAGAAAAAAAUGUUCA